AUGGUACGGACCUAUAAAAAGAAAAUGAAGCAAUAUAAUGAAGUUACAAUUGCAGUAGCAAUUAAUGAUGUAAUAGAAGGAUCAUCUAUCAAGAGAACUGCUAAGAAAUAUGGAAUGAGUAGUGGAAUGCUGUGGAAACCGUGUCCAGAUGAAAAAUCUAAUACUGAACACAAGGAUAAUAGGGAUAUAGUACAUGACUAUCUCAUUGCCAAUGAAAUAAGCACUCCAUUCAAAGACAACCGACCUGGACGUGAUUGGGUUAACAGCUUCCUGCUCAGACAUAAUAUGACAUUAAAAAAAGGAGGACAAAUGCAGUUGGCCCGCAAGAGUGUUACUUCAGAUCCAUUUGUUAUUUAUGGAUUUUAUGACAUGCUUGAGAAGGAAAUGGAUCGUCUCAAUAUCAAAGAUCGUCCAGAGUGUAUUUAUAACUUGGAUGAAACAGGGUUCCCAAUGGACCCAUCAAAGUCCAAGACAAUUGGGUCAAAGGGAGAAAAAACAGUGAGGCUCACACAUGGCGCUAACAGAGAGAACAUUACCGUCCUCGCAACAUGCUGUGCAGAUGGUACAUGUCUUGAUCCCCUUACAUUAGCAAAAAAGACUGCUAACACCCGUCCAUUACUGGUAAUCCUGGAUGGACAUCUAAGCCACACUUCACUGACCACUGUGGAGGUGGCAAUCCAGGAGAAUAUCUCAUUAAUCAAACUACCUCCACAUUGUACCGACUUGCUUCAGCCUUUAGACGUUGCCUGUUUCGCACCAAUGAAAUCAAACUAUGAUGCAAAGCUUACACAAUAUGUGCAGACAACUGGCGCACGAGAACCGCUUAGAAAAUCAGGAUUUGUUAACAUGCUAUGUAGCAUCUGGAGGCAAAGUCUUUCAGAAAAUAACAUAAAAGCUGGCUUCAAGGCAACUGGCUUAAUGCCCAUUGAUAAGACAAAGUAUAACAAUGAGAGGCUAGAUCCUAUCAAAUUGGCAACAUACAACUCAUGGGUAAGCAAAGGGAUGCCAACUAAUGAGAAUAAUGACCCAAUCCUUGAAGAAAUACCCGAGCCAAAUAAUCAGGAAGAGCCACAAAUUGAACAGCCCAUUGAACCAAUUAGGACAUCAACACCAGCUCCUACAACACUCACUCAUACAGAUUCAAAGGCAGGCUGCAGCCACUGGACAAAUGAUCAGUCUAAUUCAUUAACUAGUCAAAUUAAUCAAGAUGCAGAGAACAAUACUUUGAGUAAAUUCAGCACAGCAGAACUGGUUGAUGAACUGCAAAGAAGAGCCCCUUCAGGUAUGAAGUACACCAUCACUUUGGAGUUAAAACCUACUGAAACCACUCUGGAGGAGGUGCUCCAUGCCCGCGGUCGAAGUGCUACCCCAGUUAUGAAACGUAGAAGAGUAAUACCUAUGAAAGGACAGGUUAUUACCAAUGAAGAGUGCUUAAAAGAGAUCAAGAGUAAAGAGGAGAAUAAAAUGCAAACAGCUAAGCAAAACAAAAAGACAAAGCAGCCCCCAAAGAAAAAGAAUGUUGAAGUUUCAGACACAGAUUCCACAACUGUAUCCACUGAGGAAAUGGAUGAUGGCAACACUUCCAGUGAUAUCUCGCUGUCUGACCUGCUGCCUCCUAUGACCCCAGAAGCUACAGAUGAAGUCAAUGAACAACAAGAGAAUGCUGGCACUAAUCAUGAUAUGAUGCCUAAGCUGAGUGAUGAUUCUGUGAACAAAUAUUAUGCUGUAUUUUUACACUGA